AUGCUUUGGGGACCAGCUGUCGUCCGCUCCUCUCGUUCAUUCCUGACGAUUGGUGGCACAUUUGGGAUUCUUGCCACCACUUUCGCGACACUGCAUUUCGGCCAACUCACUUUGACCCUCGAUCUUAUCGUCAAGCUUCUGAUUUCUUUUGCAUAUACGCAUGGCUUUACCAAGAUUCGCGCCAAAUUCCGAAGGCCAAAAACACACACGGAAACUGGGAGUGAGGAUGAGAAGACAGCUGCGCUCGCGACUUGGGAGAGUGAAGAAGGGAAUGUCGCUCGGUUAUCUAGCGUGGACGACAACACAGAACAUCGUCUAGUCCAAUCGAGUUUCACACAAAGUCAACAAAUCACAACCGUUGUUGUUGGAUGGCGAGAAGAUGAAGACCUGUAUCGCAGAUGUCUUCAGAGCUUGGCGGCAGACCCUCGAUACGGCCCAGUAGUGGCAGGAAUAGAUGGCGACACGAAAGAGGACGAGGAAAUGGUCAAUGUUUUCCUAGACAUGUUCCCUACCGGUGUCGUGAUCCGCCUCAAAGAGCAGCUCUCGAAAUCACUUGAUCGAUAUAUGCUCUCUACAAACUCAAGCGAUAUAGAGAAUGAAGCAAACAACAAUCUCAUUAUGGAUCAUUUAUCCACUUUCAUUUAUGGUCACCUUGAAGAAGCGAUAUUCCCACAAUCCAUCAAAGAUAUCCAAGCCGUCUGUAUCGUCCAACCCCACCAAUCCAAAAAGGAUAUCCUAUUCACAUCCCUGAGCUUCGCUGCCGUUAUAUCUGAAAAACUAAACAUCCCAUAUAUAUUCAGUACGGAUUCAGACUCCAUCAUAGUCCCCGAUGCUCUCACCAAAAUUAUCGACUCCCUGGACAGUAACCCCAAUACAGGCGGUGUAUCCGGCCACUUACGAUUUUCGCACCCUCGACCAUCAUUUCUCACACGUAUGACAGCUUCGCACUACUGGUUCGAGCAAGAGAUUCCAAAAGCACAAGGCGCUAUAUUUGGAGCGACGGAAUGCCAGCCAGGUCCUUGUGCUGGCUUUCGAGUCUCGGUACUCAAAUCGGUUCUGGUUCCGUGGUUUUGUCAGACGGUUUUCGGGCAUAGGACGGUCGUGAAUGAGGAUCGCCAUUUGACGACUAGGAUCUUGUGGGCUGGUUUCGCAGUCCAUUAUGCUCCUGGUGCUAUUGUGCAUACCGAUACACCUAAUACCUUCGACGGGUGGGUGAAGCAACAGGUUCGAUGGUCCCGAGGAACCAUGAUCGAAACACUUUGGUACCCCUGGAUGAUCAACCAGCUGUCCCCCUGGCACGUCUACAGCAUCCUCAAAGCUCGAAUCGUACCACUCCUUACAUUCUGGUACAUCACAUCCUUCGCACUUGGUUUCGGAGGCGUCAUCCCCAAGUUCAACAGCAUGAUUCUGCUUGAUACCUUCUGCUCGAUCGCGCUCCAGGUUAUCUACCUAGUGCAAGUCAGCCAGGAUCAGGCUACCCUGUCGGAUGUUAUGUGGCUUGUACCUUCACUUGUUUGGUACUUUCUCAUGUCGCCCGGGAUUGUAGUUUGGUCACUUCUCACGCUAUUGGAUGAUUCUUGGGGUAAUGAUCCGAGAGCUAUGAACUUGGGAGAGGGGGAGAAGUCAGAAGCUGGAGAUGCUUGGAUCGGAUCAGAGGUCGUCAUGCGAGUUCUGAAAAUGAAGCAUGUGGCAUUUCAAAGCCUGUGGAUGGCCAUUGUAUUAUCAGCGGCAGCUCGUGCUUCGCUGGUUUGGAGUGAUUGA